AUGGUGGCCAUGACGGCCGACCAGGCGAGCAUCCGCGCGGAGAUAUUCCAGCGGUUGGACGCCUACCUCGACAAGUCGCGGCGCGAGGGCACGCUCAAGUCUAACGAGCUGUACGAGCUCGUGCGACUCACCGCCGCCUUCGGCGUCGACGGCCUUCCGGACGACGUCCCGCAGGACGUCGCGGUGCGCGACAUCCUGGAGACGGAGCUGCCCCCGAUGCCCGCGGACGACCGACCCGACUCUCGAACGAACGAACGAUCCUCCGCCUUUGACUACUCGCCGGGGGGCUCCGCAUCCUACGCCGAGUUCUCCGACGGAACCCUUCAUCUUCGCGAUCGCCGCGCCGCCACUCGCCGCGCCCAUCCCGACGACAUCGACGAGGAGGAACGGUUCCUCCCGACGCAGGCCGCGAUCGCGUCCACCCCGCGUCGCGGAGGAGACUCGCAUUCUCUCGGAAUCGUCUCCCCGAAUCGCGAGUCGAUUCCGAGGUUGUCGAACCAUCCAUCCACGCCCGUUCACAUGGGCGGCUUCGACUUGUACGAGCGAGGCGUAGACGCGGUGCACUCGGCGACGGCGGCGUGGCGUCGGUCGCCGUCGCCGAUGCGCGCGCGCUCGCCGUACUCACCCGCGUUCGCCGCGGGCUUGCGCGCGGCGUCGGCUCCCCCGUCGCGAUCGUCGGGUCAAAUCCCCUCGGGUCGACUCCGAACAUCCCCGUCCUCCUCCAUCCCCGUCUCCUUAGGGUUUAGGGCCAGAGACGACGCGGAAGCCGCGUACGUGGCGCGCAUUCGCGGCGCGAGGUCGAACCCCGGCCCGCGCUGGGGAGGGGGCGGGUCGGACUCGACGAAGCGCAGGCCCGCGUGGGGGGGGGGCGGCGGUGCCGCCGCCUCCUCGCGCUCGACGUGGGGAAGCGACGGCCGCGGCUCACGCGCGCGGCGGCUGGCGGCGUUCGACCCGGACGCGAGGGCGCGGGCGGAGCGCGCCGCCGCCGUCGCCGCCGCCGCCGAGCGCAAGGCGGUGGAGCGGAUGGAGGCGGCGCGAUCGCGGCGGAGGACGAACGGAGGCGGCCAAUCGGGCGGCGCCGCGUGGCAGCCGUUACCCUCCGCCGGUACCACCAAGCCUGUACCGUCGCCGGGACGUACGAGCGCUUCGAGUAAAAGCACUUCUCGAUGGGAAGAGUCGGAAAAGGUGGAGGACAGGCUUCGAAGGGAUUGGGUGCUCCGCGAGGCGAGGCGCGAGGCGACGCACGCGGAGCGCAUCCAACUCGAAAACGAACGCGUCAAGACGAACCCGUUCGCGGUGCGUCAUCCCACGAACGCGUCGCCGGCGCGGCUGGCGGCGCACGGCCGGCACCUGCACGCGCGAGGCGAGCAGCGACGGGCGCGAAUCGAGCGCGCGCACGCGUCCGCGAGUGUGACACAGCUGGCGUCUCCGCCCGUCGGCAUGGGCGGAGAGGAGAGCGUGGCGUUCAGGGGGAUGACGAACGUCUCCCGCGCGUUGAUGGAGGACCGCGCGCACGAGGACUUUCUGCAGAGGCAGUCCUCCGCGUUGAAAAAGCGGGACGCCAAGAUGGAGGAGACGCGUCGCGUCAAAGAGGCGGAGGCGUUAAAGAAAGAGGAGGACGCGAUGCGGUCCACGCCGGUGAUUACCAAAACGGCAUCCGCCAUGCGACGGAGCGUCGACGACCUGCGGGCGUGGCAGGAUCGCAAGAACGCGUCCGUGCGCGAGCUGCGACGCAGACGGGACGAGUACGAGGACCGCGUGCACAACACGUUCGCGCCGCGAAUGUCCAAGGGUUCCGUCGCCAUCGAACGCGAGCGAAGAAACGCGGCGCUCGGCAAAUAUCGUCCCACGGGGCACUCGCCGGGGCACUCACCGGUGACGUCCAGCCACAAGUCGCCGGUCUCGAACGACGAGCCCUAUCGACGCGAGCGUGGGCACGAGCUGUUCGACGACGAGACCUCGGCGGGCGUUACAAGAGGCGUUACAACGGGCGAUGCCUUUUCUCCCGAGCCUCGCGUGCGAAAUCUCCACACGGCUCCGACGCCCACGCCGAUGACUCAUCGGGCGGGUUCGAACAAAGGCGGGUCGAGCGGCGCGGAUGCGAUGGCGGCGGUGUUGGCGGGAGCCGCGAUGGCGGGUGCCGCCGCGCUCGCCUCCGCGAGGACGACGACCGCGGGAGGGGCCAAGCCGGAGGCGGCGGCGGCGGGUGCGCGGGCGAACACAGCUGGCGAGUCCGGAACCUUUCCUCCGUCGGGAACGGGAAGGAGAACGUCCACUCGCAACUCCAUGGGAACGUCCAUUCGCAACUCCGUCCGCGUCCCCAGGGCAGCCGCCGGGCACUACACCAGGAAUCCCGCGUCGGUUCCCCCGGUCGCGAUGACCUUGGACGACGAACGGUCCGUCACGUUUACGCCGCGGAUCACGGCGAUGGCGGCUUCGCUGCGUCGAAGCGGCGAUUUCGGAGAUCGAAUGCACAAAGCGGCGGUGGAGGCUGCGAACGAGAGGGCGUCCGCGUCGCCGGGUGGAACGAAACGCCGCGGUCCCCGCGGCGUGAACGCGGGGGCGCGUUCGUCGGGGGUUGAUUCGCACCGAGGGCCUUCGGACCUUCCAACCGGUGGUGACGACACGUGGGGCCCCGCGCGCUUGGAACUGACGCACGCGUCGCCGGUCGUCUCCGUCGGGACCCCGGCGCGCGCGCGCCGGCGAUCGUCGAGCGUCCUCGAGGCGCUCGCGCGACGUAAAUCGGUUGGGCCGGGAUCGAGCCCGGGACUCCGCGGACGGUCUCGAGCCACCAAACGACUCGACCACCGCCGAGUCGGCGACGCCACAGCCACGGAGGGGGAGGGGGAGUACUGGACCGCCGCGGGGGAGGACAGCGCCGGAGAGUUCGGGGACCUGGGGACGGAUCCGGACGCGUUCGUGGCGACGGCGAGGCGGGGGAGGGAGACGGACGCGGCGUGGGGGCACGCGAUGCUGCGCGAAGGCGCGUGA